UUUUUGGGGUUUUGGUGAACUGUCAAUGUCAAUAUAAAUUUUCCAACCAAAACAAAGCACAAAAUAAUCCAAAUUUCCUUGAGAAGUUCCGGCUAAAUGAGUUCGGGAUUUAUAUCUGAGGCUGAAUUGGCGGAGGCGAAGAAGAAGCGCCAGGAAGAGUGGGAAAAAGUGCGAAAGCCCGAUGAUCCUGAAGAGAAGCCAGAGGAGCCCUACGAUGGCCGGUCGCUGUAUGAGAGGCUGAAGGAGCAGAAGGACAAGAAGGACUUGGAAUUUGAGGAAUCACGGAAGCUGAAGAAUCUCAUCCGUGGCCUGGAUGACGAUGAGAUAGACUUCCUGGACAUGGUGGAUCAGUCGAAGAUGAAUGCAGAGAAGGCAAAGCACUUGCAGGACCUCAAGGAGCUGCAGGAGUUCCGGGAGAGACAGAACACCAUCGAUGAGAGCCAAAUUGAUCGAAAGCGGAAGAUUGAACUGGAGAAGCCGAAGAUCAGCAAGAACCUGUCCAGCAGCCACACAUCCCAGAAAUCCAUUCUGAAAGGUGUCAUUGUGAGGAAGCGCGAAGCCGAGGGAUCGUCGAGAGAUGAGCCAGCCGAGAAGAAAGGUCUCGUUUGUCUGGGCGUUCUUCCUGGGAUUGGCAAGUAUGACUCCAGCGAUGAAUCCGACAGUUCCUACACGGACAUCGAGGAGAUGACGACCCCGUGCUGUCUGGACCUCGUGGGCAGGAAGAUCCUGAAGAAGAGCGCUGAAGAGUGCAAGUAGUCAAUAAAUCACAAUUUUUUCU